AUGACCUUUGGUCAUGAUGCAGUUUUACCAGUAGAAAUUUAUCUACAAUCCACAAGAAUUCAUAGGCAUCAUGAAAUUCCAUCAGAAUCAUAUUGGAACAUGAUGCUGGAUGAGCUAGUCGAUCUAGAUGAAGAGAGACUAAAUGCCUUGGAAUUACUAAAAAGGAAGAAGAAGAGAGUAGAGAACUCUUAUAAUAAGAAGGUUAAAACUAAAACAUUUUCUCCUGAAGACUUAGUCUGGAAAGUUGUCCUUCCAAUGGAUCAAAAGGAUAGGGCCUUAGGGAAGUGGUCUCUCAAGUGGGAAGGCUCUUUUCAAAUUUUGAAAGUAUUCUCUAACGGUGCCCAUAAGAUUGAGGAACUUGGCGAAUAUAAAAGAAUCUUGAGAGUAAAUGGAAAAUAUUUGAAAAAAUAUAAGCCAACACUCCAAGAAAUAAAAAUAAGGAACGGGUAA